UAAGACGUAGUAAGAAAAUGGAUCAAAAUUACACACCGAUAAUAAAAGUACCUUCUAGGGUAGUGAAAAGUGAACCGAAAAAAACGAAAAGAAGAUGUAUGCUUGAUUUUUCCUUGCCAAGAGUUGCAACAAAAACUGUUGGGGAAGAAAUCGAGGACAACGUGGAUUCCCGUUUAGGAAGUAAAAAGUAUCCGAAAACUCCAGAACGGUUAUUAUUAUCAACCCCAAAAUGUGCAAGUACACCCGGUAAAAGGAAAUCGAGCUGGAAUGAUGAUCAUAAUAGAGUUAAACGAGCGAAAACUACUGAAAAUAAUUCGAUUGUACCUUUAUAUGAAGAUUAUCAAUUAUUAGGUGAUAGUCAACUUAUGAGAUUUUCCGAACAAUUAUUAUCAUUUAAAUCACUAUAUUCUGAUGGUAUAAGACGUAUUGGUUACUGUGUAAGUGGUCAAAAAAUAGAUGAAUUAAAGAAACGAUUAUUAAAAGGAGAAUUUGAGAUUCAUAAAAAUGUUAUACUUUUAAUUGGGACUAAUGAUUUUAUUCAAAAGACAGAUUAUCAAGUUAUGUGUUCAUCUUAUACCCAACUACUCCAGUUUUUGAAAUUAAAAUGUUCCAAAAUCAUUUUAAUGACUGUUCCUCCAGUAGCUAAAUUUGAGAGUGAUAAAAAACAUUGGAAAUUAUUGCAGCAAUUUAACCAGUUUAUUGGCAGUUUCAUAGAUGGUGAUUUUGUUAAUGUUAUCGACUUAUGCAGUAUUUUUAUUAGUUAUUCAAAUACUGUAUCUAUGGAUUAUUAUGAAAAGCAGUACAUUAAACCAGCUCGUCCAGACUUAAUCCAUUUGAACAAAAAGGGGUUUAUGAUGUUAAGGUUUAUGUUGGAUACACAUUUUUUAGAGGCCAAUAUCAACAAUCUUAUGAAACCUUUGAAGAAGAAAUUAUUUCCAGAUAAUAGCUUUUAAAUCAAAAUUGACAUAAAUGAAAAUUUAAAGAAUAAUUUUUUAUUUGUUUGUUGACAAAGAAUGUUCUAUUUCAGUUACUUAUUAAAAUUUUAUUCUGUUUCUUAAAUGAAACAAUUAACCAUUUUUUUAAAAAUAUUUUAAUCACAUUAAUUUUACUCUUUCUUUAUGGUAGAAAGAACUUUUAGUAAAUUCCUACUACACAAA